GUUUUUUUUCGUAGAAUCUCGAUACCAACACACAAUCACGAGAUGUGCACAACUGUGGGUGGGAGUGAAGCUCGAGUCAAAUCAUUGCGUUAGGGCGGAAUAUUUAUCAGAAGGGUCGUAAUUUUCAUGCUUCACCCGUCUGUCUUUAAGCCAACAUAUAUAAAUAUGUCUUUUGAUUAUCAUCACAAUUCUAACUGAAUGCCUCUUUUUCUAUAGUUCAAGAAGCACCAAAUAGCUACCUUUUCAAUCCCACCAUGGAAUCAUUUCAAUACCAGCUGCAAAAUGAUGACAUCUCUACAGAAAGCAGCUCUCGAAUAACUGUCGUGAAUUUCCAGCCAAACAACUACAUCCAAUAUGACAAACAGAUCCAUCCUAACAUGGUUUCAGAUGAAACUAAAAUUUGGCAGCAACCAUGGCCCAAACUAAUAGGAAUUACCCAGAUAACAUUGGGUGUUAUUACCUCUUUAAUUGGCAUUGCUGAAGUGGUUGUUAUCCCACUCAAAGAGUUUGGUGAUGGUGCUAUAUAUUUUGGUAAAUUAAAUUGUUAUGGAAUUGGUAUUAUUGCAGGUUUGCUGCUUGUCAUUACUGGAAGUACAGCAAUCCGAGCAUCUAUAAGUCAACGCUUGACGACAGUGUCACGGUUUUUGAAUCUCACCAUACUUACAUUGAUCCUGUAUGCAUUUUUCACAGUCCUCUUGAUUGUUGGCUAUAAUCUUAAAUGGACUACCAGGUCGAGUUACCCUGAAAAAAGUUCCAUGUAUGGAACACACAUUUUUCUAACUGUAAGCUGUAUUUUGGGUCUUCUCUUCACUCUUGCUGCCUUCAUACAAUAUGCAAACCAGAUUUUUUUUGGAGAGCUGCAGUUAUUUCAACGCUGGAUGCACAUGUUUUGUCCUUGUUGUCUUCAGUUAUUGGAUAAGAAUUUCAAGUAUUUCGAUCUGAAACUGAAUCCGGAAGAUGCAAAUGAUCCAGAAUUAAAACAUCUGUGAUUAAAGAUAAUGGUUUUU